UCUGCUGCCUCGGUGUGUGUUUUUUUUGUCUACCGCAAUCAUGAGCGAAGAUGACAAUUCAGCAUCGUCGAAAGACAGAGAUGCGACCCUGCUGCUGACUAAAGAUGGACAGAGGUAUUACGUGAAUAAGAGCGGAGUGGUGGACAGCCGAAAUGUGAACACACCACUGGAACCGGACAACAACAACAACGCCUCCUCCUACGACAUGGACGAUCCGGACGAGGAGAGCGACGUCCUGGACACCUCGGACGCCAGAGACGGCGCGGCGAGCCCGGAGGAGCUGAACGACGAGGAUACGUCGGAAGGCGACAACGCCCCCAAACAGUGCACCUAUGAGGGAUGCACGGAGACCACGACGCAGGUGGCCAAGCAGAGGAAGCCGUGGAUGUGCAAGAAACACCGCAACAAAAUGUACAAAGACAAGUACAAGAAGAAGAAGAGUGACCAGGCCAUGUCCAGUGGCAAACUUGAUGAAAACUCAGAGGAACGGCCUGUGUCAGUGAACAAACAGCGUCUUGGUUCCAUGGGAGACAGACCAGCCAGACCCUCCUUGAUAGAGCAGGUUCUCAACCAGAAAAGACUGUCUCUGCUCAGGAGUCCGGAGGUGAUCAGCUUCCUGCAGCAGCAGCAGCAGCUCCUGGCCUCACAGGGCCGCAGUCAAUCAACACAGCAGCAGUUCCAGGGCUGCUGACGCCCAAACGUCAAUGUAACUUUUUUAUAAUAAUGAUGGAACCCAGAAGAACAUCAAAGCAUAAUUCAAUAGUGUAGACAGAGAGACUUGUGGACUGAACCAGUGGAACCGAUGUAACUUCAUCAAAAUACAGGAAGUUCUGAAGUAGCAGACAUGUAUUCAAACCACGUCUGGUGCUGGUUAGGAAAACCUUAGCUUUAAACCAGCCAGCCCUUUUUUUUUAACAUAUAUCUUUUUAGAAUUUUACUGCAUUGACACCCGUUCAUGCUGUUGUUUUCUUUGUGUUUUAGAACUGCUUCGAGAACACUUUUUAAGGCUGAUCUCGCGGAACAAAUGAUUAAUCUUCACUGUGUUUCCUGUCUGACUUCUCUUGAACUUUUGCUACAUAUGACAAUUGUUUUAGUGGGUGUCUGUAGCCUCUCUCCUUAGUCAAGUCUGGCUGUCAGGACAUGUUUUUUAUCACAAACUUUAUCAGUUUAUCGACUGUUGCACAAACAUAAUGUGAAAAAGUAACAAUAUAGCCCCAUUUCCAACACGGGGUCCGGUUCGGUACCGCUCCGACCCUAUAGGGUGGAGCUAGACACACUGCCGCCUAUUGAUUGGUUGAAAGUAUCAUCACUUUCUGUGUGACAGCGGUAAAAAAAGGACGAACACAAAUUACUCUCUUCGAUUUUGAGAGUCAUUUCAAGGCUGUUUUUUUUGUGUUUGAUUAAAUGUCAGGACUUUCCACUGAUCCCCUGGGUGACCUUGGAGAUGCUGACCUCUAAUGGACGUCCUCCAUUGUAGCCCUUUGUUUACUGUUACUGUUACUAUUACGUAUGGCUAUCUCCAUCCGGCUUACACCUUAAGGGUUGAGUUGGCGGUGGAAAUGGGGCUUAUGUGUUUGGUGGAAUGAAUAAAAAGGUCAUACUAACUGUUUAUGUUUUAAAAGUGUCAGGGAAAAGUUAUGUACUGUAUGUUGUUUGUGUGUUUCUAAGUUGAAGUGAAUAUUCCCUGCUGUGAAAAUGAGAGUAAAUGAAUUAUGCUAAUAUUGAAAAA